AUGUCUCGAGUACUUGAAGGAAAAUUCGGCAUUGUGACCGGUGGAUCGCGAGGAAUCGGUGAAGCAAUUGCACGCAACUUGGCGGCAAAGGGAUGCUCAUUGCUUCUCAACUUCACCUCUGAGUUUUCCCGUGGACCUACCGAAGCCCUCUGCGCCUCAUUGACCUCGACCCAUAACAUCAAAUGCGAGAGCGUGCAAGCCGAUCUAAGCAAUGCCACCGAGGGCGUCGCGGCGAUUCUCGCCGCUGCGAAAGAGAAGUUCACGACCGAUGGCAAACUUCAAAUUGACAUUUUGAUCAACAAUGCCGGUGUCUCUCAAGAUCGCAACCUCAACGACCCCAAGGGUCCCAUCGAAGCCGAGCACUUCACCUGGCAAUACGCGGUGAACGUCUUGGCCCCACUUCUCCUCACACAAGCUUGCGCCCCCUUCCUCCCCAAUGACCGCAGCGGUCGCAUCGUCAGCAUCUCCAGUGUAUCCUCCUCACUCGGAUUCGUCGGGCAAUCGAUCUAUGGCGGUACCAAGGCUGCGAUCGAGGCUAUGACGCGCACUUGGGCCCGUGAGCUCGCUGAUCGCGCGACUGUCAAUGCCGUUAACCCCGGCCCGGUUGUUGGAGACAUGUACUUUGCGACCGGCGACCAGUUCUGGAAGGAUAUUCAGGGAUAUCAGGAUAACACGCCGAUGAGCAAGCUGGACCUUAAUGAUGAAGAGACUUUGGCUCGCUUGACGGAUGAGCAGAAGCGAUUGAUUCAGGAAAAGAUGGGUGGGCGGCGACCGGCAUUUACCAGUGAAGUUGCUGGUGUUGUUGGCAUGUUGUGUACUCCGGAUGGGCUGUGGUGCACUGGCAGUGUGGUCUGCGCCAACGGAGGUAUGAAAAUGGGACAAUAA